CAAUGACACUCAUUUCCUCCGCUUCCAUCUGAAGCAAGUUUCUUGUUUCGUUUCUUCGGUGUUGAUGAGUGUUGUACUGUGGUUGUAGUUACAUUCAAUAAGCCGAAGUUUUGUUCUUCUCUUGGUCUUCUAAAUUAAUAAUCUGACAGUAUUUAAAUAAAAUACCACCGAUCUAUUAUAACUUUUAUUCAAGUUUGUAUAAUUUUCUCGAAAUAUGACUACGUGCAACAGUGGAGAUUUAAAUUUGGAUGCUGCCGUAAAUGGAUGGUUAAGUCAUGACAAGAAUCCCGUAACUCGCAAAGAGGUGAUAGACGAUAUUACUAACUUACGAUGGGACAAGUUGAGAAAGACGAUGCUGCAACGACAGAAGUUCGGCACGGCCGGCCUGCGCGGGCGCAUGGGUGCCGGGUACAAGUGCAUGAACGACGUGGUUAUACUGCAAACAGCUCAGGGUCUGCGAUCGUAUUUGCAGAAAUUCUGCAGCCAGAGUCCGCUGCAUAACGGAAUUGUGAUUGGGUACGAUGGGCGCUACAAUAGUAAGAGGUUCGCAGAACUCACUGCGAAAGUGUUCGUGUCAUCAUCCAUACCUGUACACAUAUUCUCCGUCGUGUGUCCUACACCGUUCGUUUCCUUCGGGACGAUUCUGCACAAAGCAGCCGCCGGCGUGAUGGUCACGGCGUCCCAUAACCCUAAGGAAGAUAACGGGUACAAAGUGUACUGGGGCAACGGCUCUCAGAUCAUAUCGCCGCACGAUGAGAACGUGCUAGAUGAGAUAUCGCAGUGUCUGGAUAUCCCCGACGACCAUUGGGACAUUUCUGAAAUUCGCUCGCACGAACUAGUGACAGAUUGUUCGGAAUUUGUCACGAGCAAAUAUAUGGAAUACAUCCGGAACAGCCUGAGCGAUAAUAUUCUAGAACAGAAUAGAACAGCGGCCAUUGACGCCGUUUAUAGCGCCAUGCAUGGCGUCGGAUAUGAUUAUAUCGUGAAGGCGUUUCAAGCUGCGAAUUUGAAGCUGCCCAUAAGCGUACGCGAGCAAGAAACCCCGGACCCCGACUUCCCAACGGUGAAGUUCCCCAAUCCAGAAGAAGUAGAGUGCUUGCAAUUAAGCAAGAAGCUCGCAGAAGAGAAGGGAGUAAGAUUAGUGUUGGUGAACGAUCCUGACGCAGAUAGGCUGGCUGUGGCAGAACACGAUCCGAGCUCCAAGUCCUGGAAGGUGUUCAGUGGCAAUGAAAUGGGCACUCUCCUGGGUUGGUGGCUGAUCCGGCAGUUCGAAGCGAACGGCGACUCCAAGGAGCUUUAUGUCAUUGCUAGCGUUGUUAGCUCCAAGAUGCUAAAGGCGCUCGUGAAGGGGAAGGGGGAAUUCGUGGAGACUCUAACCGGGUUUAAGUGGAUGGGCAACGCAACGCUUUUAUUAGAACAGCAGGGUAAAGUGCCUCUCUUCGCUUUCGAAGAAGCCAUCGGGUACAUGUGCAACCCCACCGUGCCAGAUAAAGAUGGCGUUUCAGCCGCUGUUCAGGUGGCAUCUUUAGCCUCCCAUCUAUACUCCAAAGGCUCCACGCUUGUACAACAGUUAGACGACUUGUACGCAGAAUACGGGUUCCACGUCACCCAGAACUCGUACUACAUAUGUCACGACUCCGCUACCAUACAGAAGAUAUUCAGACGGAUCAGGAACUACCAUGGACUCGGACAGUAUCCAAAGAAAGUGGGAUCUUGUAAGAUAGUUUACAUGAACGAUUUGGCGGCGGGAAUCAAGAUAAAAGAUCGGAAGUCGGAAGUCGCCGAUGGAGAUGGGCACCUCCAUGUGCUGGGCACUGGCUUAGACCAGGAGUCCUACACGAGCGGGGAGAUGGUGAUGUUCCGCUGCGAUAACGGGCUCAGCGUCACCGUGCGUACUAGCGGUACUGAGCCCAAACUGAAAUACUACUCGGAGCUGGUGUGCCAGGCUAAAAAUCACAGGGAACAAGAAAGUGCUAAGCAGAAGUUAAAGGAGAUCGUGCAAGAGUUCAUUGACGAACUUAUUCAGCCCAAAGAAAAUGGUCUACUAUCUUAAUUUAAUUUGGAAAUUACGCACAUUCGAUAGAUAUGUAAGUAAAACAAUUAAUUUUAUUCACUAAGAUCAAAAAUGUAUUAGCUAUCAAAUUAAUUAAGAUUCCUAAAAGAAUGAAUGUUGAUAGGUUGAUUAAAAAAAAACAUUGAAUUCUACCAACAUCGACGUUUAGAAACAAUUACACUCACAAUCAGGUUACAAAACUGUCAGAAGCAAAAUUACGCACCUUCAUCUAAAGUGUGUAGUUUUCAAACAGUCGUGUUUGAAAAUUCUCGCUCGUAUACAAUCGACAUUGAAUCUUACUGCCACGACGUAAUUUGUUAAUUUGAACAAAUAACUCAAGUAGUUAAACGUUAUGUCUACUAAUCCUAAAUAUGCUAUCCUAUCGAUAAGAGAUGCCUAAAUGUUUGUAAAAUUAUUAGAAAACAAUAUUCGAGUUUAGAUAUUGCACAUUAUUUUUGGCCAGUGAAACAAUUCUAGUGUAUUCUAUAUACAUAACUUUUGACCGUGGUUGAAUGGUGCUAUACUUAGUGAGAGAAUAAUAAAAAUACUGAUAAUGUAGUAGAUCCAAUAACUUCAGUCUAUAUUUUCUAUAUAAAUUAUGGUUUAUAGUAACGACGCAUUUUUUUCUAAUGGGUUAGUAAUAGUAGUCUGAUUAAAUUUGCAAUUAAAAUUUUAGUUGUCAGAAUAAUAUAAUAAAGCAGCAUUUAGUAUUUUUAAAACAACUUUGAAAUUUUCUACGAGUUUAAU